GUAUGGGUCAGAUGUUGGCCCAUAACGAAUAAUUUGGUGGUGAAACGUGGUCAUUUCCAGACCAAUAUCCAUAUCCAAGUCAUAGCCAUACGGAUGCCGGACCUUCGUACUCCGGCGACCUUCCAUCGCUUCCCUCAAUUCCAUUCGAUCAUCAAGAUCAUCAUCACUCUCUUCUUCUUCCGCAUUCAUCAGGGUUUGGUUUGGCUUCCAAAGGAACAUCACUUUAGGUUUUUCGACGGGCGCUAACUAAUGUUUAGAAGCAACAAUGUCGUUGCCAGACUAUUCCAACGCCAAAUUUGCACUCCUCCUCCUGGCACGAUUGUUCAUUGCGCCAGACGAUUUUACGAGAAUUUAGUUCCUAGCCAUACCAUAUAUGAUAUUGAGUGCCCAGAUCAUUUGUUCCGGAAAUUCACAGAAGAUGGCCAAUAUCUCGUAUGCUUUAGUAGAAACCAUCAGGAGUUGAUUGUAUACAGACCCUCAUGGCUUUCUUUUUCGUGCAAGGACGAAGAUUGUGAUAUCCAUGAUCUUCCUCCCCAAGCAAAGAAGUUUGAUAGUUUCUUUACACAGCUUUACUGUGUAUCACUUGCUUCCAGCAAUGAGCUUAUAUGCAAGGAUUUCUUCCUUUACAUGGAGAGUAACCAAUAUGGACUCUUUGCCACCUCAACUACUCAAAUUCACGAUGCACCUGCUGUUGGUGGAGCCAUUCAGGGAGUUCCAUCAAUAGAAAAGAUAACUUUUCAUCUCUUGAGGCUAGAAGAUGGUGUCGUACUGGAUGAAAAGGUCUUUAAUGAUGAUUUUAUCAAUUUAGCCCAUAAUAUGGGUGUCUUCAUGCAUGACGAUCUUUUAGCAGUUGUGUCACUUCGGUAUCAAACAAUUCAUAUUCUCCAAAUUCGGGAUUCUGGGAACCUUGUUGAUGUGCGAGCAAUUGGAGCAUUUUGUAGUGAAGAUGAUGAACUUUUUCUCAAUUCCAAUGUUCCAACUAUGGGUGUUCAGCUGACUGAGAACAAUGUCGAAAAUGGGUUGCAUCAGGGUCUUCCUAAUUCAUCAAAUUAUUUCCUUAGUGGCAUCAAACAACGAUUGCUUUCAUUUAUAUUUCGAGGAAUAUGGAGUGAAGAAACAAAUCAUGCUUUGAGGGCCCAAAACCUAAAGAGGAUGUUUUAUUUCCACUUCCAAGACUAUGUUGACUUGAUUAUAUGGAAGGUACAAUUCUUGGACCGCCAUCACCUGCUAAUCAAGUUCGGAAGUGUUGAUGGAGCAGUAUCACGAACUCCAGAUCAGCACCCACCUUUUUUUGCUGUAUAUAACAUGGAGACAACUGAGUUUGUAGCUUUUUAUCAGCAAAAUUCUGCAGAUGAGCUAUAUCUUUUGUUUGAGCAGUUUAGUGACCACUUCCAUGCAACAUCUAAAAAUUCGUUAUAUUUGAAUUUCAUAUCUUCUCACUCAAAUAAUGUUCAUGCCAGAGAACAAUUGAGAUCACUUAAAAAUAAAGCAAGUAGUUCUUCACAGUUUGUGAAGAAGAUGCUGAGCUCCUUGCCUAUUAAUUGUCAGUCGCUGAGCCCUUCUCCCUAUUUUGAUCAAUCUCUCUAUCGCUUCGAUGAAAAGCUUAUUUCUGCAGCGGACCGGCAUAGACAAUCAACAGACCAUCCCAUAAAGUUCAUCUUAAGAAGGCAACCACAUGCGCUCAGAUUUAAGAUUAAACCAGGUCCGGAAGGUGGAAACGCAGAUAGUCGAGCCAAAAAGAUAUCUUCCUUCUUGUUUCAUCCAUUUCUGCCACUUGCUCUUUCCAUUCAGCACACUAUGUUCUUGCAACCUUCAGCUGUGAAUAUUCACUUCCGGAGAUAAAGUGUUGUGUAAGCAUCCAUUUACAUAAGGUUAUAGUUGAAUCUGAGAAAAUUGUAUUCAAGUGUAGCGGUUUCUGAUGUUUAGAUUUAAUGUAUAUUUUUCUUUGUAGAAUACAGUUUAACUAUUGACAGUAAUUUUGUAAUGAUUAUUAUGUAUUUUAGUUUUGGUAAUAGAUAUUGGCUUACCUUUUUUUCUCUAGAUGAGUAAUUUAAAGACUUUCCCUUUGAGUAA